UCAGUUGUCAUAACAAAAUUUCAUUCGAAAUAGUCUAUAAACGCAUUCACUGAAGGAAACUCAGCCUGAAAAAAUUAAUUUUAUGUAAACCAUUCGUUGAUUUUCCAGUUUAAACUAGUUUCUGAACGCCCGGAACUGGUUCGAUACGCAAUGAAAAUACACUUUCGUGAACAGUUCGGAUCUACUGGGGAAGAAAUUCUCUACGUUACACCGGACAAUCAAAACUCGGUUGUCCGAGUGAAUACAAAAGGAGAACGACCAAAGCUACGUAAACGAUUGAGUUUAAAACGAUUCUUUCAGAAUCUGUUUCUUCCGGCUGGGUAUCCUGACAGUGUUAGCAAUGACUAUUUAGCUUAUCAGAAAUGGGACACGGUUCAAGCUUUUUGUAGUACAAUCAAUGGGACAUUGACAACACACUCAAUUCUUAAAGGUGUUGGAGUUGGUAACGAUACAGCCAAUGCUCUGUCCGCCACAGUUACGUGGGUGCUAAAAGAUGGUAUGGGGCACUUUGGGCGUAUUCUCUUUGCUUGGUGGAAGGGGACAGAACUUGAUAUAGAUUCGAAAAAAUGGCGAAUUAGAGCGGACAUACUGAAUGAUAUUGCAAUGACAAUUGAUUUGUUUGUUCUUCCGGCCUAUCCGAAAGCUGCUACUAUUAUUCUUUGUGCAACAACCACGUUGAAGGCGAUUGUUGGAGUAGCUGGAGGGGCUACACGAUCAGCUUUAACCCAGCAUCAUGCUAUUCGUGGCAAUUUGGCUGACGUGGCUUCCAAGGAUAGCUCCCAAGAAACGUGCGUAAAUUUGAUUGCAUCGUUUGUGGGACUUUUUUUGCUGACUCAUGUGCAGGAUCAAAGAAUUCUUUAUGGGCUAUUUUCGUUUGUAACAUUGUUACACAUCUACGCUAAUAUCAAGGCAGUAAAAGCGGUGUGUUUGCGUGUUUUCAAUGAAGCUCGGUAUCUUAUUACAUUAGAGGAGUAUUUUAAGUCCGGGGUACUUCUUUCACCGGAACAAGUAAACAAACUGGAGCGAGUCACCAUCGGUCAAACAGUGUCUCUCACAGCACGUGUGAAAAUUGGUUGCUCGGCACGAGAUUUGGCACAGUACUAUCGUAAUUGUUACGAUCUGGAAAACGUGAUUGCCUGCUUUGAUUCUAGAGAGAAGUUUUUGAUUUCAGAGACACGUAACUACGUUGGAGUAUAUUUACAUUUUUCCGUAAAACCGUUAGACAUUAUUAAAUCAUAUUUUUAUGUGGCUUCGUAUCUGCAAGACAAAAGUCAGCUGCGCGAUCGCUACUGGGAAAUUCAAAAUAAGUGGAAUGAAUUUCUCAAUUUAGCUCAAUGUGAGGGCUGGAAUGUGCAGGCUCAUUUACUGAAAACAGAUGAAUAUCGAUUAGACUGGCGGAUAUAAAAUGAAGGCAAAAAUUGUUGCGGCACCUCGAUGGAAAUGUUACAGUAUAAUCUAAAGUGAGCAAUUAGAUGAAUUCUAAAACUUCCAGUUUUUAACCAAUCGAAACAUAAGAGAGCGAUUUCUAGGGUGCCAAACAAGCAAUCUAGUCUCAAUUACUGUGUAAACUAAUAUAUACCACGAGUAUUUUGGACCAAAACUUAUAAUAAAACAAGUUCAAAUUGAUUUGACAAGCGCUAGACGAAAAUAAGUUUUAAACCGGGACAUCGAAAAAAAUACAACAUGCAUGAAAAAGCUACAAUUCCUGACAUGUCAGUUCCUAUGACAUGGUCUAUAAUUGAUUUUAGGGAAUAUUACCUUUGCAAUCGGAAAAUUGCGACGUUAUCAUCACUAGUACUAAGCACUAUAGUAACUAUUUUUCUACACAUUCCAAUUUAGUUAGAUUAAUUGGUUGAAAUUGAAAUCCCCUUAACAUCGAACUGAAAUCAACUGUGUAUCCUGCAAAUAGUAAUUGCAAGCUUAACGAUGAUUAGCUUAAUAAUAGCAGCUUAACAUUCCUCCGUGUCGGAUAACGUUCUCUAUAAAUUUAGACCACGCAAAACAAAGCAACGUUGACAAUUGGUGUAUCUGAAAUGCACUUAAUCUUUUACCGAUAGACAAACAGCCGUUACUAAAAUAUUUUUCAUUUGAGUUUUUCGUUUCAUGCUGCGUUAUUGUCGUAAGCAUUUCAUAUUGGCACUCAGGCCUUUGAACUCCAUAGAAGAUAAAAGUGAAACCAUAUCGCGUUAGCAACGGCGCCAUCAUUUGUCUGUUAGCAAACCGUGCAUCAGAUAGUAACCAUGCAAUAAUGAAUGGAGUACGCAGUUUAAAUUUUCUUACGGCAAUUAGUACACUGCUAAUGCUAAUCCAAAAAAUAAUUAGAAAAGAUUUUAAAGUAAACUUAAAUUAGAAGUGCACAACCACACGGAUUACAUCAAUUUUUAGACGAUUAGUCCAUAUCUAUUAGAAUAGAUUGCUUUUAUGAUAGUACGCGUGAUACUGUUUUAUGAAUUUAAUGCCCGGUUUUGUACCAAGCAUUUGUUUUAUAAUAGAUAUUUCCUAAGUCGCUUAUAA